CCUCAUUGCGUGAUGUAAUACGGUCCUUCUGAUUUAUCCGCGUGCAGCAGCAGCAGCAUCCUCCUCCUCAUCAUCAUCAUCAUCAGCAGCAGCAGCAUACUAUUACUGAGAGGCAGUUUGCAUACGGAUUAGUCUGUGCGGGUUUGUAGCGGGAGGUGAGGCGGAUUUCAGCACCGGAGCUGACUGAUGCUGGCGCCGCGUGCUCAGGUGAUGCUGCGCUCGAGCUGCUGACAUUCUCCCUCCCCCACCCCUUCCACCUCUACCUCUCUCUCUUUCUGUCUCUCUCUCUCUCUUUCUCUCCUCCCUCUGCGUGCAUCCAUCCCCUCCGUCCCUCCUCGCUCCGCUCCUCUCCUCCACACGCACAAAACGCUCUGUCAUGGCGUCUUCCAACCAUGUUACCCCCACCAACUGUAGCUGGUGGCCCAUCUCAGCCAUGGAUGAGGACGGCAAAGUGGCGGACGGAGAGGAGUGCGAGGAGCCCACGGCGGAGUCCAAACCCUUCAACAAAGACAGGCUGGUUUUGUACCACUGGACGCAGUCUUUCGCCUCACAGAAGGUACGUCUAGUGAUCCAUGAGAAGGGUCUGGUGUGUGAUGAGAGGGAUGUGAGUUUGCCGCUGCAGGAGCACAAAGAGCCCUGGUUCAUGAGACUGAACCUGGGGGAGGAGGUUCCUGUAUUCCUCCACGGAGACACCAUCAUCAGCGACUACAACCAGAUUAUAGACUACAUGGAGAAAAACUUUGUGGGAGAGACGGUGGCUCAGCUGAUUCCUGACCCGGACUCGCCUCUCUACGACCGCGUGCAGCAGUACCGCCACCUGCUGGACGGCCUGCCCAUGGACGCUUACACGCAUGGCUGCAUCCUCCAUCCAGAGCUCACCACCGACUCUAUGAUCCCAAAGUAUGCCACCGCAGAAAUACGUAGACACUUGGCUAAUGCUGCGACUGAACUGAUGAAACUGGACCAUGAAGAACCUCAGCUGACAGAACCUCAUUUGUCCAAGCAGAAAAAGCUAAUGGCGAAAAUCUUGGACCAUGACAAUGUGAACUACUUGAAGAAAAUCCUGGGGGAGUUAGCCAUGGUUCUGGACCAAGUGGAGGCUGAACUUGAGAAAAGAAAACUAGAGUAUCAAGGUCAAAAGUGUGAGUUGUGGCUUUGUGGACCUGAAUUUACGCUAGCGGAUAUCUGCCUUGGAGCCUUGUUGCACAGGCUCAAGUUCUUGGGACUUUCUAGGAAAUACUGGGAGGACGGCAGCCGGCCAAACCUGCAGUCCUUUUUUGUGCGUGUCCAAAAACGCUACGCUUUUCGAAAGGUGUUGGGCGACAUCCACACGACUCUCCUGUCAGCAGUCCUACCCAACGCCUUCCGAAUGGUAAAAAAGAAGCCGCCAUCUUUCUUCGGGGCCUCGUUUCUCAUGGGCUCUCUGGGUGGGAUGGGCUACUUUGCCUACUGGUAUUUAAAAAAGAAAUACAUGUAGUGAAUGCCCUCUUGUUGUGUUAAAUGUCUGUGUAUUUGUGUGAUGCUUCAACUUUUCUGUAAUGUUUUAUGACUGCAGGAAAAUAUAAUGAAUCUAUAUAGAGAACACUAUUACUUACCUGGGUACACAAAGAAAUAUGAAAACAUUCCAUAGUAUGAAUUUAAUGACAGCACAUUUUCUGGUAGUAAAGGCCUUAGUUAACUGUUCAUUUCUGAAACUUGCAGCUUUUGUGCAUGCAAGAUCUCAUUUAUUUAUUUAUGAUUUAUUUUAGUUUUAGUUUUACGGAGGCAUGCAUCAUUUCCACAUUAAAACAGAGACCUGGUUAAAACGGUGAGCCUAACCAACUCUUCCAUUUCCUUGAGUUUCCAGCUGAUAAAAUCACUGCAUAUAAAUAAAUAUGUUCUGAAAAGUGCUGCUCUGCUGGAAACUGCCAGAUAAAAUGCUGCGGAAGGAUUUUUUUUAUUACAGGUUUUGUUGGAGUAUGAUUUUUAAAUAGGAGGAAAUUGUUUUCACUAGUUAGCGUUAAGACUGGUAAAAGUUUUGAUCUUUCUGAAAUAUAUAAGAUUUAUUAUACAAAUAUCACCGAUACCCCUUCAAAAAUAUUUCAAAUUACCACAGUUGUGCGUUGUUAAUGACGAUGCAUCCCAUAGGUAUUUUUAUCCUUGGACAGAGUAAAGUUAGCCGUUUUCGUAUAAUAAUUUAACUUCUUUUAUCAGAACAGAAUAAAAAUAAGAAUGAUAUCCAGAUAUCUCUAAAAAAACAACAAGAAUAUUACUGUCCAUAUUCCACAAUUUUAAAAACUAUUUAAUUUAUAUGUUGCAAACUCUGGCUACUAUGAUGCUACAGUUGUUAGCAUUAGUUUAGCAUGAAAACUAGAAAAAUAAACAAGACUUUCAGAAACCUACAGAGUUGACCAAACUAAAUCCAUGCAAUUCCUGAAAUAAAAUAUCAUAAUUUAAUGUUUAUAACUUACAAAAUGAGCUGUGUAGUUAUUUUUUCUGAAGUCUUUUUACCAAGAGAUAAAGAACAAUUAGCUUGUUUUAUUUGGUAUUUUUCUCCAAUGCUAAACUUUGGAGCUAGUAGAAAAAAACCAUAAAUACCUACUUGAAAUGAUGCAGUUUUAAGAAAAAUACUAAAUAUUUAUAUCUAUCUACAAAACUUAAAAUCAGCCAAAGAAAUGUUUCUUUGUCAGGAUUUAUCCUCUGGACUGGGAGGUUAGCUGAAGUUUCUCGUCUGUCAGCAAUGCUAACAUUAUACCUGUUUCAAAAAAUGAAAAAAAUACUUAAAAAACAAGUUAGGAAGAGAACAAAGUAUUUAUUUUUAAUGUUUUUUAAAUUGGUGUAAAUUUCAAAACACACCCACACACAUUUGUUGUUAAUUGUUUUCGCCACAGAAAGGAGAUAGCUACCGUUAGCUUAGCAUAAAGAUCGGGAAAAAGAAUGUACAAGAUCAAUUAAUGCUGUUUUCUACCGUCAUUUCUCAUCUUACCAAUACUAAAUUACAUAAUUUAAACACGAUAUAUGGUCAUAAUAAUACAAUAAAAUAUUGAUAUAAAUUUCCCAAUUGCUGCAAAUUUAAAAAUAGCACCACAGAACAGAGAUGAUUAUUGUUAGCUUAUAAUAAUGACCACAGAAGAAGAAUAGAAACUCGCUUGUCUUUGGCUAGAACUUAUAAACUAACCAAUCUGAAUCUCACUAAUUCUCCUUGUAAAAACUUUUCAAAUUAUUACACUAGGCAUAUUUAUUGUUUAUCUACAAAUUCAAAAUGAGCUUUGGAGGUGUUAAUGAUUUCUCAAGUCACCAAAAUAAAUAUUGGACAUAUUUUUUUUAAACUCAUUAAUAAAGGCCAAAUAAUACAGUCGUACACAUUGUUUUCCAAACUACUAUAACUAAAUUUACCGGUUAUCUUCAAAGUCAAAGUGAGCUCUGAAAAUGCUUUUUGUUGGGUAUUUUUUGCAAAGAAAAAAUUAGCUGCUGCACAUUUUUCACCAAUAUUAAAUGUUGGACCUGAUUAAAAAAGUUAACAUUGUAUUUUAUUUUAUUUGUUCAACCCUCAAAAUAAAUAUUUUACACACUUGUAUAAAAAAACUAGCAGUGUUAAAUCCACAGAUGGAGAUAAAUGGUUUACAUAUGUUUUUGUUUUAUUCAAAUCAAGUUUUCUGCUCUCUACUUCUGCGUACAAUCACUGUGUAAAACCUGCAAACGGUUUUAGUGCAGAUUCUCAGUGUUUUCCAAAAGGUUUUUGAGUUAUUAAACCAGGUCACAUUAUUUCCUGCAGUCAAACACUUCCUCUGAUUUCUGAUCCAGUUUUCAGUUUUUAUCUGAUGCUAACAGACUGUAGCUUUACUGAGCCUCAUAGUGACAACUCUGCUCUCUUCUAACCCACAGAUUAGUGCUUUUUCCAAAAAUAUCAACGUAAUUACUCUAAUGUUAGCUCACAAAAUACCACUCAGACAUUGUUAAAUUGGUUUAUUUUCAACUGCACAGGCUACACAGCACACGUCGGGUCAUUGUCACAAACGUUGGGUGUUUUAAACGUUACACUUAGCUUUUACAAUUAUUGAAAUUGAAGUUCUGCAUCUGUGGCACCAAAUGUUGAAUUAGGUUUAGGGUGUGUGUGUUUCAUUGCAUGGGUCCUGUUUAAUGUUUAAUGCUGUGAAGGGGUGGUCACUUUGUGUUGAUAAGAGGUAGAAUAUGCUAAUUGUAACAUUUAAAGCACCUGCACUGUUCAGUGUCCAAGUGGUCGUCCUCAGCAAUACCAAGCAAGUGAAAUUACGUUUUAUUGCUGCUGUUUGUACGACGCCGUAUUCGGGCCAGGAAAUGAAAAAAGGAGAAAAUUUCCAUCAAAGAACUCAGAUAUUUUGAAAUUAAUCCAAGAAAUUUUCAAGAAAUAAAGUUCAAAAGUCAAAAAUGUUUGACUUUUGAAACUCAAGGUUUUUUUCCAGAAAAUUUCUGAGAUUAAUCUAGAAGUGAAAAUCUUAGACUUUUCUAUGUCAGAAAUAUCUUGUUUGAUUAAAAGGUUUCUAGAGAAAACAAAGAAAUGUUUGAGCUCCAAAAGUCAAAAGUAUGUCAGACAAAUUUGUGAGAUUAAUCAUUAAUUAUUCUCAAAAUUUCUGAGUUUCUUCUUGCAAAUUUUAAACAUUUUGAGCUCAAAUUUCCUUGUUUUUUUACAGAACAUUUCUCAAAUUAAUUUCAGGAUUUCAGACUUCUCUUCUCACAAAUGUUUCACUUUUGGAGCUCAUAAUAUAUAUUUUUUUCUAGAACAAUUCUUAGGUUAAUCUCAAAAUUUCUGAUUUUUUCUCACAAUUUUCAAUAUUUGGAGCUCAAAAAUUUACUUGGUUUUUCUAGAAAGUUUAUCAAAUUCACCUCAAAAUUUCAGAAUUUUGUCUUGCAAAUUUUCAGCUUUUGGAGCCCAGAAAUCUGCACCUUUUUUUUCCAGACAAUUUCUUAGAUUAAUCUCAAAAUCUCUGAGUUUUUUGGCAGAAAUUUCUCCUCUUCUUCUAUCUGCUGUCCCGAACACGCUGUCGUAUGUUUGGUAUUAACCCCUUUUUGCCGGAUGCAAUGUGUUUCCAGAUAGAUUUGUUCUUGUAGAAAUUGCUUAUCUAUGCCAACACACCGAAGUUAUGAAUGAGAUUGAGAUUGUUUCCCUUUUUGCAAGCCUUGCAAAUAUUUGUACUUUUCACUUUAAGUUGCAACUUUUUCCUUUUUCUUUUUUAACUCCCCAGACUUCUGUAUGAGUCCACUCCCAAACUGUGUAUUGUUUUAUGUUUUCAUGGACUAUUUAGGCACAGAAAUGUAAGUUGGGAGUGUAAAUCAGUACGUCUGCAUCCAUUCAGUCAGGUUGUGGUAACCCCGUGUUUUAGACAAACUGAUUUAUUUGUAUUUUAGAACUGACAGAAAGAAGCUUUUAUAGUGCAAAAUGAGUGGCAAAUGUGUACAAACUAUUGUAAACAAAACUGCCUGCUGACGUUUGUCAUGUAAUAUUUUAACACUCAGAUUUUUUUGAGUGACUAUAAAAACGGGAGAUGAUGCUGAGGAUGGAGACACGUUGUGAAAAGUCAUAACCAGCCAAUCAUUGUGUUCACCUGACCAACCGUCGUCAUGGCAAGCACACGCCGCAGCACCACUGGUUGGUUUUAUUUGCAGUAAAGGUUCCUAACGGGUUGAACCUGUUCGGACCAGAAAUCCCAGCUGUGGCCAUUACACCUCACUAUAGUGUUUUCAUUUUUAUUUAUUUUCCUUAAUGUUUCUAUUUGUGUUAAUAUGCAUUUAUUUAUGGUGCUUUUUAUGAUGUUUGUUCAUAAGCCUUAAUUUAUUCAGUUGCCAUCAAUGACAAAUAAAUAAUGGAAAAU